AUGGAUUCUUACCAUGGUCGUCAUACUAUCUCCUUCCCUUUGGGCAAGGAAUUGGAGGCAGAAUGGACUGAUAAUGGUGAAGCAUUGCGCCGAUCUCAUCUUCUCAAGGCAUCCUGGGCCUUGCUGCUCGGCAGGCUCUCGGAAACACACACGACAACAUUUGCAGUGUUGGAACAACUGGUAGCCCCUCCAAGGGAUGCGUGUUCGAAAUUAGUGACUUCAUCUCCGCAUUUAGAGACAUGGGAAAUAUCAGACAGUCUGGAUAGCUUCUUGGCGGAUGCAGCGAAGGAAAAACACAGAGGACCUCUUUUGGGCACAGAGACCUCGACGGCUGUGGUCAUCAGGUGGCAUGAUGAACCGAAUGGUCCGACCCCUUUGCCCUAUGCAUUCAAUACAAUGGUUUUUUUGGACUGCAGUAUAUCACCCGCGCAAGUAUCUAUGGAAUACUCAAGGACAUCUCUCACAGUGAACCAAGCCUGGUCACAAUUAACGGCUACGGUUCACAUUCUGGAGCAGAUAGUUACGAGCCCAGGUAUAUCACUUCGAGAGGUAGAUUUCCUGGGCUCAUAUAGUACCAAAUUGAUCCGGCAAUGGAACAAUCCGUACUCACUCGCACGACCACAAGUAUGCAUUCAUUCUUUGAUCCUAGAGCAUUGUCGGAGCCAACCCAAUGCCGAGGCACUGUGUGCUUGGGAUGGUUCCAUCACUUAUGCGGAGCUUGAACAAUUUUCACUCUCAGUCGGACUCCGGCUGCUGUCACUUGGUGUUGGCCCAGAGUCAGUGGUGCCGCUCUACUUCGAAAAAUCGCACUGGACGGUGGUCGCCAUGCUGGGAGUGCUGAGAGCGGGAGGUGCUUUCGUUCUCCUCGAUCCCUCUCACCCUAUGACUCGACUGGCCGAUAUUUGCUUGGAGGUGCAGGCAACAGUUGUCAUCACCUCGGAGUCAUUGCAGGAACUGGGUCGGGAGCUGGGUCCUCGAGCUAUCACGGUCCUCGAGGCAAACAAAGGUCAUGUCGAUACAGGCAGAAACACCAUUAACACAUCUGUCAAGCCUUCAAACGCCGCAUACGUCGCUUUUACUUCUGGGUCCACCGGGAAGCCCAAAGGAAUCGUGAUUGAACAUCAGUGCUUCGUUGCAAAUACGCUGGCUCAGAACGCAGUCCAGAAUAUUAAUAGCCAAACCCGGGCAUUUCAAUUUGCCUCCUAUGGGUUUGACAGCAGCAUUCUUGAGACGCUCAUGACUUUGGUGGCGGGUGGUUGCGUCUGUAUACCCUCGGAGAAGCAGCGGCUCAACGGCCUGGCAGACGCUAUCCGUGGAAUGCGAGCCAACUGGCUCGAACUGACUCCAUCUGUCGCACGGUUCAUCAAUCCUGAAGAGGUACCGGAAGUGCGAUCUGCCUUGUUUGUCGGGGAGCCCAUGUCUCAAGACCACGUCACACAAUGGUCGGGGUCGGGGAAGAUCCAACUCCUCAACGCAUACGGCCCCGCCGAGUGCAGUGUUGUCGCCACUGUGCAGCCCAAUGUGCAACUGGAAGAUCCCCAAAAUAUCGGCCGCUCAUACAGCAGUCACUGCUGGGUCGCCAAUCCUCAAGAUCAUCACCAGCUCGAGCCCCUGGGUGCGGUGGGAGAGUUACUCAUCAGCGGACCAAUCGUGGCCCGAGGCUAUCUCAACCAGCCCCACCAGAAGUCCUUCAUCUCCAACCCUCGUUGGGCGACACGAUUCGGGAUUCCUCCAGCUGAACGCGUUUACAAAACUGGAGAUCUCGUGCGAUAUAACCUUGACGAUGGCACGCUGCGAUAUGUGGGGCGCAAAGACCGGGAGGUGAAAAUGCACGGGCAACGUGUCGACCUGCAGGAAAUUGAACAUCAUGCCUCCCGGUUUCAGAAGGGAAUACUUGCAGUGGCCAAUGUACUUCAAGUCAACGGUGGCAGCGCGGGGAAACUCCUCGCUUUGUUCAUUGCCGCAGAUAAUGAUGAGACUCGCAUGACGAAUGAAAGCUUCGUUGUCCCCAUGAAUGAUACCCUCCUGGAUAUGGUUACCGACAUCAAACACUGGCUUCGUGACUGUCUACCGCCAUACAUGGUCCCAACCAAAUAUGCGUUUGUCAAUCGUUUUCCUCUAACGAGAACUGGUAAACUCGAUCGACGAGCCUUGGUUGAUCUUGGAGCAGCAUCCAGUCACUCACCGUCUGGAGAGCAACCGUCAAAUCAGCGUGAAGAAGAUGUCGAGUUGGACCCGGAGCUUUCCGACAAGGAAAGUAUCUUGUGUUCAGUUUUUUCUGAGGUGUUAGAGUGCCCGGAAAGGAACAUCGGUCCAGAAGAUGGUCUCUACGACAGAGGAGGAAAUUCAUUGGCUGCUAUCGAGCUGGUAGCCCGUGCACGCAAGCGUGGUCUGGAGAUCACGGUGGCAGAUGUCAUCCGUCUUCAGAAUCCACGAGACAUUGCGCGAUGCACUGUGGAAAGCAAACAGGUUCACGAGAUCUCACCAUUCUCCCUUCUCGUUGAUACCGAACAGAGCCUAUAUGCCGCGACCGCCCAGUGUGGCAUUGAGAGAGAAAUGAUUGAAGAUAUUUACCCUUGCACCCCUCUGCAGGAAGGCCUCAUGCAUCUCUCAAUCAAGAAUCCGGGAGCUUUCAUGGGCACAUACCGAUUCUCCUUGGCUCCGUCUACGGACCUUCAUCGGAUCUGGGCUGCAUGGGAACAGCUUUGGCUCGUACAUCCCAUCUUCCGAACACGCAUCAUCGAACUUCAGGAUGGCCAAAAGCUUCAAGUAGUCACCAAGCAAAAGCUCCAAUACAAGGAUAUUUCAGGCACGGAUGAUUGGCAACUCAUGAACUUGGGCACCCCCCUGGCACGUCUGACAUUCCAUUCUGGACGGACUCCCAGCGGAUCAGACUCUGGCAUAUUCCUGCUGGCCAUGCACCACGCUCUUUUUGAUGGAUGGUCGUAUGUGCAGCUGCUUGAGGAUCUCCAGGUGAUUUACAAUGGGGACAAACUGUCACAACGCCCUACCUUCAAUCAUGUUAUUAGCUACAUCUCCAAUUUGAGCAUUGAGGAAUGUCGCACUUUCUGGAGUCAAGAGUUCAAUAAUUUCCAACCCACAAUGUUCCCUAUAUCUUCCCGGCGGCCAACCGCGUUACCACAUUGGCAAGUCAGAAGCCAGCAAAUUAUCCUGGCCAAGUCAGAUAUGAAUUGGGCCCUCGCCAAUAAAAUCAAAUUGGCGUGGGCGCUUGUGAUCUCUUCCCAAACUCACUCAAGCGAUGUUGUAUACGGAUUGACAGUCUCGGGCCGGAAUGCCCCAGUUCCAGAGAUCGACCGUAUUUCUGGGCCAACUUUUGCAACAUUCCCCUUCCGCACGCAGCUUGAUGACGAUUUGUCGGUGGAAGAUACGCUGGUUCAAAUGCGACAGCACGACGUCUCCAUCAUGCCAUUUGAGCAUAUUGGUCUCAGGCGUAUCGCGGAGUCAAGCUCAGACGCGGCCCUGGCUUGUGGAUUCCAGAAUCUUCUCACCAUCAGGUUGCAAUCUCUUCAGACUCCUCCCGGUGCCUUGAUUGCUUUGCCCGAGAACGAAGACCAUGACCUGAAGUUUGCCUCGUAUCCCCUGUCAAUUGUGACCCAGCUGGAAGGCACAUCGUUAGAGGUCAAAGUGAUCUUUAAUAGCUGCAUCCUGGGCGCUGAUAAAACUGAGACACUCUUGGAGCAGUUCGAUACGUUAUUGCAGCGAAUCCUCCGGGAACCCGGGGCAAGAAUUAAGGACUUGAGGAGCCAACUUUCUCCAGAGUUGCAGCAAUUGGCAGCGAUAAACAAAAAGAGUCUGGGCCAACUUCAUUCCGUACACGAUAUCAUCCAGGGAUUCGGCGUCACCCAACCAAGCUCAGAGGCCGUCUGCGCAUGGGAUGGCUCGCUGACAUAUGAAGAACUUGUCACGCUGGCACGGAGAUUGGCAGGCCGUCUCCAGUCUUUCCGAUCCGGGUCGGAACCCGGUGCGGUCAUCGGGAUUUGCGUGGAAAGAUCAAAAUGGUUCCCUGUUGCCAUCCUAGGUGUCAUGAUGUCUGGAGCCGCCAUGGUUUUGUUAGAACCCAACUUCCCCACACAGCGUUUGCAGCAUAUCUUGCGAGAUGCCGGGGCGCGAACGAUGAUAUGCUCUCGGAUAUUUCAAGAGAAUUGCACUGGCUUGGUCGAUGAUAUGUUGGUUCUGACUCCCGAUGCCGUGACCCAAGCGGACUAUGAUGCUUGGGCUCCAGCAGCGGUGUUUCAUCAAGAUCCAAUGUACGUUGCUUUCACAUCUGGAUCAACCGGUGCGCCGAAGGGUGUUGUGAUCGAGCAUGGCAUGGUAUAUUCGAUGCUCGAGGCACAUAAGGACGUCAUCGGCGCAUCAAUUGCGUCCCGCGGCUUGCUUUUCGCCUCGCCGGCGUUUGAUAUCUGCCUUGCUGAGAUUGUAAUUGUCCUCGGUGCGGGGGGCUGCGUCUGUGUGCCUUCUGAAGCUCAACGCAUGAACAGCUUGGCGAAAACGAUGACAACCAUGCAGGUCAACAUGGCCAUGCUGACCCCUUCGGUGGCGCGAACCCUCUCGCCAGCCUCGGUCCCUUGUCUCAAAACUCUGAUUCUUGGAGGCGAGGCACCGUCAGCCUCUGAUCUGGCGACAUGGGCUUCACGCGUUCAGCUGCAUCAGUCCUAUGGGCCGGCCGAGUGCGCUAUGUACACGACCACUACACCGCCAUUGACGCCCAGCUCAGAUUUGGGCAACGUCGGGUCUUCUCCAAACGCGUCCUGCUGGAUCGUUGACCCGGACAACCAUGAUGAGCUUCAGCCCGUAGGCUCGGUUGGAGAGCUACUCAUUGGUGGGCCGAUUGUUGGAAGAGGAUAUAUCAACCGAGCCCAGGAGUCUGCGGCGGCCUUCAUUCGUGAUCCCGUCUGGAGCGAGACCUUCCCCUUCUUGCAAGGAGACCGACUUUACAAGACUGGAGAUCUCGCUAUCUUGAAUGCAGACGGGUCAUUAACUUUGGUCGGCCGAAAGGAUACACAGGUCAAGCUCAAUGGUCAGCGGAUUGAACUGCAGGAAAUUGAGCAUUGUGCCGAGAGAUACCGACAUGGUACCGCAGCCAUCGUGGAGUUGACAGAGCCUGCCGGCAUCCAGAGACCCAGACUUAUCAUGUUCGUCUAUGAUCCUGCGACGGUAGAAACCACGGUGGGCAUCAACUCUGCUUGUCAUGACCAUCGGGAACUGUUUCUCUCGCCGUCAAGACAAAAUCAAGCUUACCUGGAAGGUGUAAGAGAUUAUCUCAACCAACGCCUUCCACUGUAUAUGAUACCUUCCCUUUUCCUUUUGCUAUCUCGUCUGCCGCUUAGCCCAAGUGGCAAGGCCGACCGCAAGACAUUGCGCCAGAUUGCGUCGAAAAUGGAUAGAGAAACAUUGGAGAUGUAUCUUGACAAUCCGGUGGCAGAGAAAAGGGAACCAAUUACAGAGCAAGAGCGAUUCGUCCGUGCUAACUUUGCCACAGCCCUGUCAUUAAAUGAGGAGGCCAUUGGUAUGGACGAUAACUUCUUCGCUCUUGGAGGCGAUUCCAUCACUGCCAUGCGGGUGCUCACGUUGUGUCGGAGAAGAGACAUGGCUAUCUCGAUGCAGGAAUUCCUUUCAAAGAACACCGUAUCCUUGUUUUGCACACAUGUCAUUGUGAUCCAGGGAGAGGCGGUUGAUUCCAAACGCCAGAAACUCGUGAAUUCCCAAGACUCGGUUCGAGGGAAGGAUCGUCUCGUCCAGUUUGAGCACAUCGAUUACCACCUGGAUUUGGUUCGAUCUAAGUUGAAUUUGCUGAAAUCGGAUUCCAUCGAGGAAAUCUACCCCUGCUCUGAUGCCCACAGUGGAGUGUUGGAGCUCUAUACGUCCAGUUACACGAGCACUGCAAUUUUCGAAAUUUCGUCUGCAGGAUCAGUGACUCCGAUGCAGGUGAGCAACGCUUGGAGUCAACUAGUGCACCGUCAUAUCGCCUUGCGGACGGUUAUUAUGAAAGAACCAAAGGUUCACGCAGAUUAUCUUCAUGUGGUCCUCGGCAAGGGACCAGCUCAAAUUCUCGCUCUUCCUCGCAGCAAUAAUGCCCUUUCUAAACUGAAAAAUCUCGAACCAGCCCAGUCCUGGGGCCCGUCGCCACCACACCGGUUAAUCAUCGGCCAGGACCAUUCCGGGACAGUCUUCAUGAGGCUGGAAACGGGCUGUGCCUUGAUAGACGCUUUUUCCAUGACCAUUCUACUAGAAGAGCUUUCUCUCCUGCUACAGGGUCUGCAUUUGCCAGAGCAAGGGGUCUCGUAUCGUGAAUAUCUGACCCUUUUGCGCAGCCAGUCACCUGCAGAAACACUGCAAUACUGGACACAGGCGCUUUACGGAGUUCACCCUUCCCACCUGCCCAGAGUCCCUGAUAUACAGUCCCUUCUGCCCGAACCUCGCUCGCAGAGUCGCUACCUGCCAUUUGCGCAAUCAAAGCUUCUAGAUUCCUUCUGGCGCUCCAAUCAUCUCACCAUAACCAACGUUUUCCAGCUGGCAUGGGCCUUAACCCUCACCCACUAUACCAAUUCCCGCGAUAUCUGCUUCGGAACCAUUACCUCGGGGCGUGAUACGCCUCACCUUGAAGUAUGGGAUAUUGUUGGAUCUUUUUUCAAUGUUCUUCCGUGUCGAAUUGCGAUUGAUCCCACGCGCACGGUGAUAGACACGCUACGACAGAACCAGGAAGACAUUCAGCGUCGAAAUGACCACCAAUACUGUUCUAUGCCAGAUAUAAUUCGCAAAUCUGGAAUAAGAAGCUUGGACGACGACCAACAGCUGUUCAAUACAGUUCUGACAAUUCAGAACCCAUUCUCAACACAGUCAUCUGCUGCAAAGGAUGGGAGCAGCGAGAUCGAUAUCAAACUCAUCGAUUUGGAGGAUGCAACUGAGUAUGACCUUUGCGUGGCCAUUCUUCCCUCUGCUUCUGACUUCAAGGUGGAACUACGCUACUGGUCGACGACCGUAUCUGAUGAAUAUGCUUCGGAUAUUCUGGAUCGCCUUUUCAACCAACUGGAACAGAUCGUGCAUCAUGCGACCAAGCCAUUGAGUGUCAUCACCAGCAUUGGAUGA